AUGUUACCUCACACACACCCACACGUACACACACACACACACACACACUUGCAUGAUAGAGGUGGGCACACGCGCGCGAGAGCCAUCGCAUCGAUACGCAUCUUCGAAAAGCACGUAGGAGCACUACCACGGGAUCACCACAUCGGCACCACGAUAGGCGUUGCUUGGGAGAGAUCUUGUCUUCUCUCUCGCUCUCUCGCGCUCUCUCCCCUUACGUUCCGCUCUGCAUCUCUCUGGGUACGCCCGUUUUGGCGGAGUAGAGCGAGUCGGAAGGGUGCGGCGUACGAGGCAGCGCGCUCUGUGAGGCGUUACCCGUACUCCGCCUACCUUUUCUUUUGUUGUCGCGGUGCUGCAUGUAUCCAUAUGGACGGCGGUAGCGCGACUGGCGAGCAAGAGGCCACGGCACCUCCUCCACCUCUUUUUCCAGACGGAGGCACCACACCUGCGAGUGCCAGUGGUGCUGUCGCGGCUUCCUCCGGCGCUCCUCACCUUCCGCGUGCCAAGUGCGGAAAACGCGCUGUCCUUGCUACGCUGUGGCUCGACGCGGAACGCUACACGUACGAGGCGCUCUGCACUGCUGGCGCGGCCGCCAUCACUACGCAGUACCUACGAUGUGAUGAAGACGGAGAAAGCAAUGGUGUCGAGGAGCAGCACGGCGCUCUUCACUCGAUCGACACGCGUGCAGGCGAUGGGCGACACAACAAGGGCCCGCCGGCCGACAGUACAGCGACAUGGGCUGACUUGCCAACGGCUCCUCGAGCGCGGCUUUUGCGUCGUCUAGUUCCGCAUGAGAGUGUGGCGGCCACACACGGGUGCUCAUCUUACUCAACGCAAACAUCGAUCGUUGGCGCAGCCACAGCCGAUACCGAAAGACGUGUGGACUGCGGUAAGGGUGAGCGGAAGGACAAGGUGAGCGGCGGUGCCGUGGCAGGUGUCUUGGUGCACCGAGACUCGACCACCGCGUCGGUGGCUGGUGCGCACGCGGCGCCAUCCACUUCCUCAGGCUUUUUAUCUCUCUCCUCAGGCGACGUUGAGGUGCGCCUUGACAUCCUCGAGGAGGUAGAGCUGUGUAAUGUGGCCCCUAUACUGCCUCGCACAUUUUCCGUGGAGCAGCUCGUGCAGCAGAUCGUGCCGUGCACCUACGCUUUCGCGUCCCGAACGCCACCGCCGUCCGUCGCGGAGAGUGCGUCGUCUGCUGAGCGCGCUUGUGAGGGCGCCAUCUCACCUCCAGCGGUUGGGCCCGCGCAACGGCUCAGUAUCCCCCCGCUUCGUGCGCCCGUGACUGGUCGGUGGCUUGCGCGGUUGCGGGCGGUGUCCGAUCAGCAUUUUGUAUAUCUGCGCGUGGCAAGAAGCUCACCGGUGACGACAGGGGUAGUGACGAGCGCUUCGGCUGAAAACGGUGCAGCUUUCAUCGAAGAGGACGGCGGGCUUCGUGCGCGCAUGGCGCCGCCGUGUGCUCCGGUGUACAUGCAAGCCACAUCGAUGGCGACGUACGGAGGCAGCGACAACGUCAGCCUGACAGCGACGCACACCGGGAAAAGCAGCGACAGUGACGCUCAUGGGCGCAGCGAAGAGGAGAGCGCGGAGGAGCGGAGAGGGAAGGUGCCGACCAUGCCCCCCGUCAUUGGGCUAUCUCAGCCGUUGCCUCCGCAGCUGGCGGGCUUCAGCAGCAACGGAAGCGCGUUGGAGGUGGCUUUGACUCACGAGACCCAGGCACGACAGGAUGCUGCCACAAUCUCUGCCGUGCCUUCGCGCCCGGAGGAGCUGCUGCUAGCUGGUACCGACAACGCCCCUACGUCACGGGAAGCGAGUGAGUCGGUCUCACCCAUCAGCGCAUCGGUGGCGGGAGCGGCGUUUUUCGCGAAGGCCACCGGUGAGGCGUCUCUGCAUCGCGCACUCCAUGAUGAUAUUACGUGGCCGAGGCAGGAGCGACCGGCUCGAGCGUCGGGCUCGCCAACGUCGUCUACGGUGCCCGCGUCAGCUUCGGUGGAGAACAUGGGAAGUUGCGUCAGCGAGGAAAGCAUCGUGUGCUCAUCUUUUGCCGCCGCGCAGGCCCGCUACGAGCGGUGCCGUCAGCUCCUGCCUCAGAGAUGCAGAGGCGGGGCUGGCUUCUUAAAUUCGGCAAGCGCGCAGGACAGUCCAACAAGGUUCGGAGGGCAGAGCGCCUCUACAGACGCGGCACCAUAUGCUCCUUCAGCGCGCACAGCCGUAACGCCCAGAUCCACGGAGGACUUCGAGGUAGCUCAGGCGUUCUGGUCCACCGCCGCCGCGGCGUCUCUCGCACCAUCCUCCAGGACGACUGAUACAGCAGCAGAUGUGGCGGUGUCCGCGAUGGCUGCCGCAGACGGUGACGCCGGCGAUGUUGAAUUCAUGCAAUGGAUGACGACCCUUUCACGUCAGCGCUGCACUCAGCCGGUUUCCAUACCGCUAGGGGCGUCAAGGCAGCAGGACUCCCGUGGGCAGCAGCAGCCGGCAUAUCAGCAACCCCUACACGCGAGUCAGCAGCGGCAGGGCGGCGCCGUCGUGGAGUGGUCCUCCGGCGCUGUCAGCUACACCGCCGACACGCUGGGGCUCUACGAGGAGCAGCAGGUGCGCUCGCAGCGCUUCUAUCAUGUGCUGCCACCACUCCCUCUGUCUCCUCUCGUUUUUGCAGUCCCGGGUGCGCACUCUGUGAAGGUUGCUCACGGUGACGGCAGCGUCAGCAACGCCGCCUCCACGGAAGACCGGUCCAACUUGCGAGGUGCCGUGCUCGCUCAGCUGCAGCGGCUCAGUCGCCUUAGCAGCGCUGAAUGCGCUUUCGCGCACGGUGCAGCGGUGCUCGAAGGCGAGGACACCAUCGAGCCUCUCACGUUUGAAAAAACGAAGCCUAAAGCUGAGGCAGCAUGCCUUUUACCCCAGCCACCUGCUCCCGUGAAGGGACAGCCGUCAUCGUUGUCGAGCAACUCUUCCGCGUCUACACCUCCCACUAUAUCCACGGCCGCUCUCUCCGCCCGCCAGUGCCGCUGCUAUCGAUGUCUUCCCCUUCUUGUGCAGUUCGCGCAGGUGCCAUCGCUGACGUCACCUGUGCUGCGUCGCUACCUGGAUGUGCUGCAUCAGACGGCUCUCCCUGAACUCCCCGCACAACAGCGGCGCGAUGGCGCCGAUCUCACGUCCGCCGCGGAGGCUGGGGCCGUUUCUUCACCUGAGGAAGCGCAAGAGCCAGCGACGCAGCGAGUGCCAUCUUCCAUGACUGACGCAGUGGCAGCGAGUGGUAUUCCAGGGGGGACGACGAUUCCUGGUGUCCACUCAUCGCGGGAUCGACGUCAUCGUCGUGAGAGCGCUCACAGAAACAGUCGCCACCGGCGCUACGGAGCGGAGGACGAGGCGACGACUGCCAACGGCGCCAAGGGGAGUAAAAGGGGACGCGAGGAGAAGACUGUGACGACGCCGGCCAGGCCGCAUUCACCUCAGACAGGCGGUGACGCACAACGACCGCGUGGCGCAGCCGAUCCGCUGAAGGUCUUCCCAGCGCUGCAGCAGUGGCUGAUGCGCCGACAGGAAGGCGGGAUGCCUACACAAAGAACGUUACCGAACGGGAAGCGCAGCAGGGCGGAGUCGGGUUGCGCCGCUCUGCCGUUGUCCAAUGACAUCCAGCAGUCUGGCGGCGCAUUCUCGCAACCCGUAGCACAAGCGACGAUAUCGUAUCGGCACGAUGCGGAAACCUGUGGAUCCUGUGCAUCUGGCGCGGCUCUUCCUCCAACCUUACCCAGCGAAACCUUGAGCGGCGAGGUAGGCUCUCUCGACUGGGUUGAUGACGCAGUGCUGGACGAGGUUGUCGUGGUGGGUGUCGUGCCGCGCGGGCAUCCGCACCAGCUGCAGCUUGUGGCACCAUCUCGCGCCUUCUGUCUGACCCUCACUCAACGGCUGGAGGAGGUUGCCGAGGCGGCCGUGCAGAUUCUCGGGUUCAUGACGCCACCACAUUCAGCCCUGCUUUCACCUCUGCUAGCUGGCGUGCGCAGGGCCCCAGAGGCGGCGGUGGCAGCGGCUGGUGGAUCUUCUUCCGAGCCCACCUCCGAUUGGCGGGCCUGGCUCGAGGUGCAGUACUUCGUUGCCAUGUGGACGACGCUGCGCCGACGCUUGACUACGGCGGAAUGGCAAACGGUGCUGCAGGAGGCACGUGGCUCUCCUUUUCUCGCGAGGUGGACUGCAGUGGCGGCUGCGACGUCGAGCGCAGAGAGCGCUGUCUUCCGCGGCCAUACGUGGCGCACCGGGAUCGAGCUUUUUAUGCCCAGAGCAAGCGAGGGGGGCGUGGCAGGGCCACCUGCGGCAGAGAAGCACAACGUCGAGGCGGCCGCACACGAGGCCCUCCACGGCGUGCGGGCAAGCGUGUGCUCGGCCGCUGAGUUGCACACCUCUGCCUGCCUCAGCGCUGCUGAGGACCUUAUCACCCGUGUUGUCCUCACAGCGCUGGUCCCGAUUCUGCACCGACGCAUCACCGUCAUGUACGAGUUGCUGCGGCAUUUUGCCUCCAAGUCGCUUCACAUGUCCCACCGUAUGCAGUGCGACGUGUAUCAGCACUGGUACAGCACGACUCCGUCUCCUGCGGCCGUGCUGCGCCUGCUGCAGCGCAGUGAACGCUUCAGCAGAGCCCUUGCCCGGUGCUACCCUCAGUACAACCUUUCUCCCGUCAUGCUGUCCGGGCCUACGGCGCUGGACGACGGCGAGCACGGAGGAGCAGCGACACGGACCGCAGUGCCAUCGAUGUCGUUUCCUUUGCACCCGCUGAGCUCGGCGAGGGAUACAGCUGGCACCUCCACAGCUGCCCGUAACGUUGCGGCUGCAGAGUCGGAGGUGACUGCGGACUCGUUCUCAAAACAUGAGGAGUACUCUCCUCAACCCGACGGUUUCUCAGCCAGCUAUGCGGCCGCCUCUCCAGUGCGCGGCCAGGCACGCGCGACCGCACCGGCGGAGGCCCGGGACGUGGAGAGCCCUCUGUCGCCGUCCUCCUCCUCUUCGCUGACGACCACCGCGGCACCGAUAGCUGCAACAUCUGCGUGGAUGUCGUGUCUCUCGUCUUGGAGCGACGAGGCGUCUAUGCAGGCGCCUUCACAGCAAGAGCAGCAGCCGGUGAUGACGUACGUGCCGGAGGCGGCGCUGCUUGACCCCCGCUAUCUCCAGCGCUUUGCCUGGUGGAUGCACCGUGCUCAUCACAGCACUGGAACAAACGGUAGCGGCAGCGCCACGACUAUCAACAGCAAUGACACUGGCGGGGCCGGUGCUCGAGCACAGCCGCUUCCUCGAGUGGCCAGUACCGUGAGCGUACCGGGUGACUAUCUGCGGGUUCUGCCCAUGCAUGAGCAAGAUGCGUCUAUUCGUGCUGUGCUGCGCAGCAUCGCGCAGAAGGGGCGGACGCUGAACUUGCUUGAGAUGAGCCAGCACAUUCACAGUCACUACGCGUCGUACGUGUAUCACUGA